AUGGAAUAUGAGAUACGACCGUCACCAAAAAUCAACAAACCAGAGGUCAUGUUAGCUCCCACAACAGAAGAGAGAGGGACCAUGGUGAGAGCAUUGGGAGAGGUGAAAAUUGUGGAUGCAAAUAUUGGUUUCUAUGGUAAUGCCUAUGCAAUCUUGUUGGUGGUUUUGGUUACCUUUUGUAUUAUUCCAGCCAUCAUCUUUUCUUGUGCAGAUGGUGUAUCCAAAGAGAAAAGUUCUGCAGCAGAUCAAGAAGAGCCUUAUGGAGCUGGAUGUGGUGCAGGAUGUGGUGCCGGAUGUGGUGCUGGAUGUGGUGCAUAG